CUGGCAAGGUGGUCGUGUUGGAGAGCCCCCGUUCUGAGGCCAAGCCGAAGCAUAAGCCGCCUAAACCUGGCAAGGUGGCCGUGUUGGAGAGCCCCCGUUCUGAGGCCAAGCCGAAGCACAAGUCAUCUAAGCCCGGGAAGGCCGCACUGGAUUGGCCCAGAGACGCGGAGGUCACCCCGAAGCAUAAGCCCCCUAAACCUGGCAAGGUGGCUGUGCUGGAGAGCGCCCGCUCUGAGGCCAACCCGAAGCAUAAGCCGCCUAAGCCUGGCAAGGUGACCGUGUUGGAGAGCCCCCGUUCGGCCAAGCCGAAGCACAAGCCGCCUAAACCUGGCAAGGUGGCCGUGUUGGAGAGCCCCAGAGAUGUCAAGACGAAGCACAAGCCGCCGAAGCCUUCAAAGAGCCGAACAUCGUCGGUUGUGCUGACGUCGCCGGGUUCGCACAACGCGCUGCCGCCGUCCUCUAGUCUGGUGUCGCGGCCCUCGGCGCUGGACGGGCGGUCCUCGGCGCUGGAAGGGCGGCCGUCGAUGGCGUUGUUGGCGCCGCCGGCGGGUGCGAAGCCUGCGGCAGGCUUGCUGGAAGACCACUUUGCGAGUGGGUAUCAGGAGCCGGUGGAUUUGAGUUUUCUGCCGGACUCCGAGCAAUGGCUGGACUUGCCACAUUACGCAUUGCAAUGCUUGUUGGAUUUGGAUGUGAAGGUGAAGCAGUUGCAUUCGUUAUCUCGGAGUUUCGAUACAUGGACGUUGUCGAGUUUCCGAUACCUCGGUUCGAAUGAGGCGUUGACGGAGGACUUUUAUACGUCGGGUGCUAUGGCGUUGCUGGAGCGCGGGAUGACGCGGUACCCCGUGCGGGUGCCGUACACGUCGUUUUGUCGGCUCUUUUCGGCGUUGGUACCGGAGGCCUUGCGAGGCGUCCUACAGUUGUGCGGGCCGCCACCGAAGCUGGGUCGGACGAAUGGUGGUUGCGAGGAGUCGCCGGAUUCGUUGGUGGACGCGGCAGAUCCGGCUUUGGUGGAUGUGUGCAAGAAGGCGACGCAGAAGGUGUUGAGUGACGUGUAUGGGUUGAGUCAGUUUGAAUACCAGUUCGGUUCGACGUUGUUGUUUCUGCAGCACCGCACAUGGUUGCUGUUGUUAGCGCAUAGUACGCACUUGGUGAACGCGGCGAAUGGACAGGACCUUGCGAAGGUGCGGCGCGCCGUUCAGACGGUGGUGGACCGCGCCAAGUUUCUGCGGCUGAAGCACCUCGUGUGUAGGCUCCAGGCGCGUUGGAGACUACGGUUGCACGAACGGCGGAUGGGUUCGAACCGGUCCCUGUUCUUCCCGCUCUUUUUGGGCAUCCUCAAGACGGCAUAUUUGUUGGUACCCUACGUGGGCAUCAGCAACGUGAUUGAGAAUCGGCGCGUGCCGUUCAAGCACGGGAGCAAGCCAAGCCUGGGCCAAUUCCAGGCGGGCGCGGCGACGACGAUCCAGACAUGGUGGCGCGGCGUGUUGGCGCAGCGUGAGUUGCGGCGGCUGAAGGAGGCACGCGUGUACGCGUCGGCCGCACAGUUUCUGCAGGGUCUGGCGCGCACGUUGUUGGCGACUGGUGCGAUGUACGGGAAUGCGAUGGGUGGCCGGUUCAUCAGCGUUUGGGAAGAGGACCUGAACCGUUCGAUCGUGAAGAUCCAGCGUUCGUGGCGCAUGUUCGGCGACCCGCGAGUGCGUGAGUUCGUACGGAUGCGGAACGGCUUACGUGCGCUGGUGUUGCCUGUGCAGCGAGUGGCGAGCCGAUUGGUGUUUGCGUUGGCGGCCUCGGCCAAGUGGCACGCACGGCACUUGGCUGAGGCGGGUGUGGAGGACGCGUUGCGCCGCAGUCUGAAGGACAAUUUGUUGUUGCGGGCGGAGAACUUCCGGGCGGCGGUCAAGAUCCAGGCUUGCUGGCGCGGUUGUUUCGUGCGACGCCAGUUCCGUGCACUGCGCGAGGCCUGUCAGGUGGCGCAGACCUUUAUGAAGACCCAGCUUGCGCGACGGCGGCUGGUAGGCGCGAGGCGCGCGGCGACGAAGCUGCAGCGUUGGUGGCGUGCGUUAUUGCAGUUGCGCGCACGGGGUCUGUCGCGUGCGGCGCGUGAGGCACCGGCGGCCCCGGCCGACGCGCUGGUCGUGGUUUGGAUCAAUGCAUUAUUGCACGCAAUCAACUUGCCCGUGCACGCGGCGACCGGUCGACGUCGGAGUUUGCGCACCAGUGCGGCGGAGCUCGAGGCUCAGGUCCAGGCGUCGCUGCGCGCGACGGAGCUUUGCCACAAGGGCUUCACGGCGCUCUUCGAUGAACAC